UGCCUGUGUGAACAUAGCAUAACUUCCAACAAGUUUUAAUUGCUGCGUGCGCCUUUCGUUUUGGCUUGCAUCUAUCGAUUUUAUAAAAUUGUUAUCGAUUGUUUCUUUUAAUCGUUUUGCCAUUUGCCAUCGCUGUCUUCAGUGUCAGUUUGUCAAGUUGAAAGUUACAGAAAAAAAAACUGCAGAGAAUCGUUCAUAAAUAAUUUUGGCCCAUGCAAUUUUUCAAAUGCGUCGGUGUUGAAUACUUACAAUACUUCUUCUUGGAUUUAUCGGAAAACGCUUAAUUCUGUUUCAAGGAGAUAUCACUCUACGACAAACAAGUCGUAGAGUGCUGUGUUUGGCACAAAACAGACAACAGUUAAUGCCAGUCGGUAUCUAACAAAUCCAUCUAAACACGGCAGCAAAAGCGGAAUAGCAACGGAUUGCAUCGAAUCCAGCAGAAGAUUUGUGACUACGAAGACACUCUAUUAUGGAUCACAAGAAGUCGCCAGUGAGACGAAAGCGACAAUCGAAAGUCAUUGAAGAAAAUUUCUGGGACUGCAGUGUUUGCACGUACAGAAACUCUGCUGAAGCAUUUAAAUGCCGUAUGUGUGACGUACGCAAAGUGGCCUUCGACCGUUUUCCAGGUACUUCGACACGCAAACCACGCCUUAAUUCUGCACUCGUUGCUCAACAAGCUGCCACACUUCCCGGUGCAUCUGGAACCAUGCCGAAUGGCAACAAGUCCGCCUCAGGUUCACGUCACAGUUCUGGCCACGACAAACAUAAACAUAAAAAGUAUCCAGCCCGUUUGAAAAAUGUAGAUCGGUCCACAGCCCAAACCAGAGAGGUCACGGUGAAUUCAGUGACAGUUUUCAUAACGGAAUACAAACCGAAGCCGAUGGGUAGCAGGCGUGAGUCGAGUGAGCAAAGCUUCAGCGAAAGUAAUGAUUCCAGAAGUUAAGCAACCAAAAUCGGAACAAUUGAGAAUGCCCGAUCGCAUUGCACCAAAACAGCCGACGUCGUUACCUACAUGAUUGCAGCAAGGCUCGAUGUUUAUGUAAUAAAGACAGGCAAUAAGAGUGUGUCUAUAGGUUUAUUUCGAUUUAUAUUUAAUUUAAGAAAAGAUUUACUGUACAAUUUAAAGAUAUAUAGCGGACCUUUAAAACAGUCACAGACAUACUUACAUAUAUAUAUUUUCAUAUAGAAAUGUAGACUUUAGGAAUGCAGUAAAGAAAUGCGCCACAGCGUUCCAAAAUGAGCCCUAAAAGAUUUAUAUGAAAAGAAUAUGUGACUAUCACUGCCCCGAAAUUCCCAACAUUUGAACAAUGUGCAAUUUAUAACUGCAAGAUUGCAGAAAAGUUCUACAUUUUUCAAUUCAAUUUCGGGAAAUGUGUAUGUACGUGACAACCGUGUCAGUCCCUCUUAUGUUUUGUUGCAAAAUCUAGACAUUCUUGUUAUUUCUGAAUCGAAAUCGAUAUCAUGUAUAUUUUUUGUAGUCUUGUAAAUAAGAAUCAUAACUAUAGCGUAAAAUUUACGAAUAAUUUAUUUAAUUGAAUAUGAAGAAAUAAGUGGAAGCACACGAGAACAAUAUCAUUAUAAAAAGUAUCAGCAAAAAAGUGACAACAAUUUUCAAAAUGUGUCUUUAGUUUGCCCAAGAAGUCCUCGCUUUUUAUUAUCCUUUCUUGUUAGCCAAUAACAGCCGCACUCCUGCAAUCAAUAGAAAAAUAAUAGAAAUUUGUUUAGCCAUGGAACAACAACAAAGCAAAACUGCAACAGAAAAAAAUAAUAACACAAAGACUGAUAAAUUUGCAAAUAAUAAUCCACAGCAGAAAAAAAAACAAAACUACAUAUUCUUUAGAACAAUAAUUGAUUAUUAUUAAUUAAUUAAUAUGAAAUGAAACAUUUUGUUUGAUCCACCAUCCAACCAUCAUUUCUCCAAUUACUGAUGUUGUCGGAGUUGUCCCACUUUAUAUUAUUCUCAUUACGAUGUACUUCUCUGUUUAUUAAUUAGUUUAUUUUUUUUUAUUUAGUUUUAGUAUAAAUAUGUUUUCAGUACUAAAUUAGGCUUUAAGUUUUCCCCCACUACAUCCAAGGUCAUCAUUGAAAACAACGAAUCAAGAAACACCAAUUACGUUUGUCACAAUAAAGUUUGUAUUUAUGUUAACUAGAA